AUCUACAACAAACCACGGCGCACCGUCGAACCAUUCCAGUAUCUGAGUACUCCAUUCAUCAGUCAGGGUAUCGACGUUCAACAGCUUAUCAACCCACGCACCACCGAAGCAACUGAGGGAAUGGUUCUCCUGCGAAGACUCGGCGUUCACAAUAUGGCAUGGGAUUUUGGCUUGCGUUAAGAACCUAUCGAGCUUUUAUCCAACCAAUUCUUGAAUACGGCCUUGCAAUCACCGCCUUAUCAGCCGCCCAACUCAAAAAGAUACAUCGAGCACAAAACAGCUGUAUCAAAAUGACUUUCAAUCGCAAUAUCACUACCUCAUUUCCUACGAUCGUACCUCUGGUGCUGGCCAAUCUACCAUCUAUGCAAACUCUCAUCCGAAAAAUCCAAUUAAAUUUACAUGACAAUCCGCCGAACGACGCGGUGGAAUUAGCGAUCUCCCAAAAGGGGGAUGGAGAAAUUGCCCGUCGACGCAGCUCAUGCAAAGCCAUCCGAUGUCUCAAGCCCCUCCAGAAAAGUUGUCCCCAUACUCUAUCUGGCCGUUUUUCCCAGAAACCGCCGUCCUCUCAUCAAAUGGAGAAUGCACUGGCUACCAUCCUAUCCACUCAAGGAUUGUCGUUGCCGAGCACCGCGUGCGAAACGGGAGCACUACGCCAGCUGCGCAUCGCUGACACCACUACUCCAGCAGUUGUACACGACCUUCAGCACUACACCAACAGAUCAGGACAACGAGCUACAAAUCAUCGACCAUAUCAUAAACAAACUACCACGUUCCGAUAUAGAAUUGUCUUGUGGCAAAUGGAAAUGACCUGGCCGGCAUUACU